CAGGGUGGACUCCCUCCGGGCUGCAAUCUCUCCGUUGUGCCGUUCCUCGGGUUUCUGGAUCAAGACGCCUACUUAGGCAGCAUGAGACAAGGGUUCCUUCUUGAGUGGAAGCUGACUUCAGGCGACUGCCCCAAAUGCACGGCGAGCGGCGGCCAGUGCAGGUAUGGCAACAACGGCACGGGGUUUUCCUGCAAUUGCUCCGGCGCCCUGUACCCCGAGGAGUGCGGUGGAACCGCACCACCACUGCCAUAAACACGACCACGCCAUCCUUCUCGCCGUCUUCCUGCGAUCCGGCGACCUGCGGCGACCUCAGAAUCUCCUACCCGUUCUGGCUCAGCGGCACGCACCCGCCGGAGUGCGGCUACCGGGCCUUCCAAGUCACCUGCGACAACAUCAACAACACAGUAAAGGCCUCCCUGAAGAACUCCCUCUGGACGUACCAGAUCCUGUCCAUCUCCUACCCCGACAGCUCCUUCACGGUCACCAACCUCCAGUUCUCGGAGGACGGCGCGUGCGACAUCGAGCUCCACGUCAACGCCUCCGCUGACCUGGGGAUCGCCCCUUUUGGCAUCAGCGGCACCAACAAGGAGCUCUUCUUCCUCUACGGCUGCACGCACCCGCAGCAACUCCCGCCGUCCCGGGCGCCCGUGGCCUGCACCGAUGGUGGCUCCGGUUCCAAUAAUUCCAACGCGUCGUCGUCGUUGUCUCCCAGCAACAACACGUUCGCGUGGCUCGCCGGGGGUUACAAGCCGGAGUACGACGCUUGGAGGUCCGUGCAAGGGGGCAACUGCACGGUGUCCAUGGUGCCCGUGCUCGGCUACGAGGGCGCUACGGGGGCUGAUUACCAGCGGCUCAUGAAGGGCGGGUUCCUUCUGCAGUACGCGGCGGGGGACUGCGACGCGUGCGUGGACAGCGGCGGGUUUUGCCGGAUCAACACCACCUAUGACAUACUGGAGUGCCACUGCUCCGGCGGCGUAGUCUCCGAGCUCAUCGUCUGCGGUACCGACAGACCCCUUAUAAACCGAAAGGGCAAAAUGAGAUGCGUUUUGGUUUGAGCCGCUCUUCCUCCGGAGCGCCGGAUGUGAAGUUGGGCCGUGCUGGAUGAAAAAACAAAAUGGGAGUCACGCCUGGGUGGGUUUUUCGAAGCCCGCGGCUUGCGGCUCGUUGUCGAUCAGGUACCCGUUCUGCCUGCGGGGCACGCACGCGCCGGGGUGCGGCUACCCAGCCUACGCCGUGACGUGCGAUGACCCGACGGGCGCCACGCCGCCAAGCGUCCUACCUUCGCGUGCUUGACAUCCGCUACGCUGACCGCUCCGUCGUCGCCUUCCACGCUAACCUCGUCGAUGGCAACGCCUGCCUCCCCACGCGCUUCAACGUGUCCGCCACCUUCGCGUUGUCCCCACUCGCCGUCACCGGCGCCAAUUCGCAGCUCUUCUUCUCCUCCGCCAACGGCAACAACUGCUCGCGGCCGCCCGGCGCGCUCGAGCUCAACUGCUCCGGCUCUUCUUCCAACACGUCGUGGUUCGUGUACACGGGACGGACGG